AUGAGUGAGGAUAGCCUGGACUCUGGAGCUGUAGUGGAGACUUUGAACUUUGUUAGGCCUUGUUAUGUAUCUCAUUUAUGGUAUGAAGAUGUUUCAAGAGGGUGUCCUGUUACAUUCCUUCACAUGCCUGAUUGUGUUGCUAGACAGCUCAAGGAAGCUAAGUUGAAGCUACUUGAAGCUGGGAGUUCACUACGGAUAGGAGUUCUUGCAACUAAUGCAAUUUUCAGUGCUGGAUAUUAUAAGGAGAAACUGCAGAAUGAAUACGUUCUCCUCCCCAAUCGAUCAACUAUGGAACAUACCGCAAUUCCUGCUAUUGAGGCUUUAAACAGGAAUGAUAUAGAAGAACGGAAUUCACUAAGAAUUUCACUUCAAGUUCUUUAUGGAGGGCUGUCAACUGUCAUCCUUGUCUCUGAUUAUAUGCGAGAUCUUUUGCCUCGGGAUGCUCCCCUUCUUAAGAAAUGCAUCAACCCUAUAAAUGCAUUAGCAAGGUCCACUAUCCCUUGUUUACAAGUUUGGUCUGCUAGUGAUGGGUUUGGACCGUUACAUGGUUACAAGGUAGUUUUUAAUUGUUUACAAGUUUGGUCUGACAUAGUAACUUAG